AUGCCAAACAUCAACAACCUCCCCGUCGAGCUUCUCAAAUCAAUCGGCGACCAGCUCGAUUCACAAGGAGACCUCCUCACCAUGAGCCAAGUCAACCGCCGUUUCAACGCAAUCUACUAUCCCGCCCUCCUCCGCCGCAACAUCAAAGAGCACGACAGCCGCGGUCUCGCCUGGGCCGCCUGGGAAGGCAAACUCGACCUGGCCAAGCGCUUCAUCGAAGUCGGCGCUGACCCCAACGUCCAAGUCGAGGAUGAAAACAAAGAGAGCUCACGCUGGAAAGUCCCAUUCAAGAAUGUGCCCGUGUCCGAGUAUACCUACCGAGAGUCGCCACUUCAUCUAGCCGUCGAGAAAGGGAACGAAGAGAUGGCCGUGUACCUGCUGGAACAUGGCGGCGAUCCGAAAGCGAAAGGCGUGUAUUGGGAGUCCGGCUGUGUUCUCCAGAUGGUGGCCGAGGGAUGGUCGCCUCUACUUCAGACGAAGUUGCGGGAGAUGGGGUUGGCAGAUCAUCCAGCAGGUCUCGUUCUUUGGGGAUUCAGACCGUACUUGCUGCUCGAGCUUGACUAUGAAGAGCAUGAGCGCGAGUUGGAGGAGGCGCGCAAGAGACACUUCCAGGCCCAAGCUUUGAUCGUUGAAGACGGAGAUUCUACCAUGGAGGACGGGGACGGGGACUCUGAUACGGAAGAUCUCAUUUCUGUUUCAGCGCAUGAGUCCGAUAUUACUCAGUCGGACGUGGGUGACUAUUGCUAUAUGGCCGGAUCUGACGAAGACGACGAGUACAUCUUGGGUGGAUCAGAUGAGGAUUAG